AUGGAUGACUCGGAACGACGAUCUGUCAAGCGUUCGCGCUUCGACCAAACCGAGCCGGAGCCGAAGAAGGCCUCCCGAUUCGACCGCCGCUCGCGUUCUCCCCCCAGCAAGCGCUCCGAACCGCCCAGAGAUCGCAGUCCCAUCGGAAACGAUACGUCUGAGCCGAAGAAGGCCCCGGCCGAUGCUGCCGCCGCCGCAGCCGCCGCCGCCGCACGCAUCAAUGCUCAACUCCAGGCUAAAAAGGGCAUCCAGCAUGUUGACGUCCCACCGAUCCUGUCGACCAGCGAGACGGCAAAGGGAGGCUCUGGCUCUCCCCCGGCGGACAACAUCAACGGGGAGAUGUACGUCGCUGAUGGCGACUACAUCAAGGACAUCGAAGUCAAUGACCUGCGCAACCGUUACCUCUUGACCAAGGGGUCUACACAGAAGAUGAUUAAAGAAGAGACCGGUGCUGAUGUUACUACCCGAGGCAGCUUCUAUCCCGACAAGGCGAUGGCCACGCCCGCAAACCCGCCGCUCUACCUUCACAUCACAAGCACCUCGAAGCAAGGUCUCGAACAGGCCGUAGCCAAGAUCGAGGAGAUGAUGACUCAGGAGCUCCCCCAGCUUGUCGACGAACGUCGGUUCCGGCGCCGUGACCAGGAGCAGGUGGAGCGCGACGAGUACGGACGCCGUAAAUGGCCUGAGGAGAAGAUCCCCAUCGAUCUGGACCCUGUUCCGGGAUUCAAUCUGCGUGCUCAGGUCGUCGGACACGGCGGUGCGUACGUCAAGCACAUUCAGACUGAGACCCAAUGUCGAGUGCAGAUCAAGGGCCGCGGCUCUGGCUACUAUGAAGCCUCCACCAACAAGGAGAGCGAGGAGGACAUGUACCUCCAUGUGGCGGGACCCGAUCCUGCGAUGGUGGCAAAGGGCAAGGAACUGUGCGAGGACUUGAUCGCCAAUGUCAAGGAGCAGUACGAGGAGUUUAAGAACCGGCCCCCUCGCAGUUACGGCGGUGGCGGUGGCGGCUAUGGCGGUGAUCGUGGGUAUGGUGGCCGAGACCACGGCGAUCGUCACCACGGCGGCGACCGCAACCAUGGAGACCGCUACGGUGAUCGUGGGUACGGCAACCGCUCCAACGACCAUUCUCACGGCUCUGGCGGAGGCUACGGUGGCCAGCAGGGCUCUCAAGGCAACGCCUACCAGGGCUACGGCGGCUACGGAGCGGGACAGGGCGCUGCGCAAUCCGCCAGCCCAGCCCCUGGCGCCACGAAUAGCCCAGCGGCCGGCGCCGCCUCUGCCGCUGACUAUGCAGCCCAGUACGCCCAGUACUACGGCGGCCAGGAUCCCUACGCCGCCUAUGGCGGCUAUGCUGCUUACGUCCAAAUGUACCAGCAGUACUAUGGCGCCCAGCAACAAGCGACGGGUUCGCCAGCGCCCCCGGGAACUGGCGCAUCUGGGUCACCUCCACCGCCUCCGAGCGAGGCAGCUCCUCCCCCACCCCCACCUCCGAGCGCGGCGCCCCCGCCCCCUCCCCCUUCCGGGCCUCCCGGGACAGGAAGCUACGGAGCGGUGCCUCCUCCACCUGGCCUUUGA